UCUCAGAUCGCUGCUGUCAGCCUCUGCCAGCUUGCCGUACGUGUUGUUGUAGUAAAUAAUGGCGGCAUCGGGAGGCGGAUUAUCCCCUCCCGCUACCAUGGCUGGCUUGAGCACCCAAGCGCCGGCUCGGGCUCGCUUCCCUGGUCGGCCUUGCACGGUUCGCAGCAGGCUGCGGUCUGAGAAACGUACCAAAUACGGAAGGUUGGUCUCGGACGACGGGGAUCUGUCUACUGAAAGGCCGAGGCCCGUAAACAUCGGCCUGGCGUUGAGCGAGGACCCGUCCCUGCUACGCCUGCUCGGGGUGGCGGAGAAGCACAGCAGGCAGAGAGAUGCGGGCUUCGACUCCAGCAACAGUGAGGAGGAGGAGGAAGUUUUCACUGGAUUUGGGACCACAAAACUUCAUCCACAGAAAGCUCUUCUGUCCUCGUUACUCAGCCAAGCUUCAGGCCGUUCCCUGGGGGCAAAGCCUCUUAUUGGAAAGAUUACACCUAAGAGCCCAAAAUCAGCUCUUGUUGGUAAAAUUGUACAGAGGGACCCUGAAGAAGACCAGGGUAUCGAAGAGAGCCCAUCAAUAGACGAAGAAAUACCCACGGUGGUAAUUAAACUGCACGGCAAGCAGGUAGCUCUCACUGCAGUAGCCAAACAUGCAGGCGAGCAGGCCUCAGGUAGCAGUACAAGAUCAGCUGACUCAAUCAGGAAAGUAGGAAAAUCAGCAUACUCACGCAGUAUGCGAAACCAAACAGCCUCUACCUCAGCUGGUGGCAACAAGCAAGUUUCCAAGGUCAAAGAACCAGGUGAGGUGUCAGAGGAUUCAGACACAGACCAAUCCCAGCCACAGAGAUCUGUGAGACGCAUGAGGGGGUUUCAAAUUGGGCACACCAGACGCACAGCUCAAGCAGUUGCUCCGCCGUUCACAUCCUUUCACAAACGGCAGAGGAAGAGAAUGGCUAAGGGUAUGGGUGCCUCUCCAGAGGCCGGAGCUGAGGCCGGUGCCCAGAGUGGAGAGGAGGCAGCCAUGCCUCUCGAGUGUAAAGCCACAGAUUCAUCUGAAAAAAGAAUACACAAAAGACCACGCAAAUGUUUCUUUGGGUACAGGCGAAAGUCAAAGCCAAAAGACGCUCCAGUAAUUAAACGUCCAAAAAUCAGGCAUUCUUGCACUAGGCGUGUUUACUACACCUAUCUACCAGAACCCAUUCCGGCCCCGCCGGGGGAGAACAAGCAGCAGCUGCAAACUCGGAAUAUAACUCCAUCUGAGAGUGAGCCGAACAACUCCUCCACUCCUGUAACGAGCGCACGGUCCUCCCGUGUCAUUAAAACGCCGAAGAGGUUCUUGGACGAGGAAAUGAUUUCCUUUCCAAAGGGUUCUUUGUCUAAAUGGCUGAAAAGUCAACAGAGGGAGGAUGGAAAACCAAGUCAAUCAUGUCAUGAGUCAAGCUAUGAUGGCAACUCGCGGCAUUCAGACUUUGACUCUAUAUCUGUUGCUGACAGCCCAUCGGCAGUGACAAAGUUCUCAUCAAAGCCCAGGCCAGGCACGAGCCACCUAGAGAUCUACAAGAACCUCAAGAAACUGACCUUGAAACUGGCGGAGAAAAAGAAAGGCCACUCCGACACUGACGGGGGUUACAAACAUCAUGGCGACGGUUUGACCUCUCAUGUCAGGAAGAGACGGCGGUCAAAGCUCAUGAUGGAGGAGAUGGACUCUCCUGGUGUUGUCAGGAAACUAGCCGUGGUGGUGAACGCUGAUGUGGUAGCCCCCUCACAUAUGCCAUUAGCAGAUACAGGCAACAAUGAGUUGCCGUUUGGUACAGAUGAAGCAGGAGGCGUGAUUGGGGACAGUCAAGAGGCGUUGGAAGUCAGCAAUCCUAGCUAUCGAAUUGGUCUCAGUGGCGCUAAUAAGACAAUGCUCCACUUGCUGAAGAAAGCCAAAGUCCAGCUCAUCAAGAUUGAUCAGCAGAAGCAGCUCAAAUUGUCACAGUUGGGGACAAGAGAAUCACGAGUGCCAGUGACCAGAAGAAGAAGGAGGAGAGUUGGGUUAGCUUCCAAAGAUACCAGUUCUCAGGAGCAGCCGCUGGGUGGUCCGAGGAUCAAACAUGUGUGUCGGGCAGCAGCAGUGGCUUUGGGGCAACCCCGUGCCAUGGUGCCAGACGACAUCCCCAGACUCAGCGCCCUGCCACUUCAUGAGAGAGAGGGCAUUACCUUUUCUCCCGCAGCAGAAGAUGUGGCAGAUGAUGACGAUGAUGAUCAGGGCAGGGCUCAGUGGGUUGUCUCUAAGGAACACUUCCAGCGGAGGAGGAGGGGCAGAGGGAGGGGGAGGGGCCACAUGUUCAGAAAGAGGAAGACCCUGACUCUAAAUGCACCCGGGGGAAUCCGUGCCCGACGCUGUGGAUGCUGCAGAGGCUGUUUGAUAGCGGAGGACUGCGCAGAGUGUGUAAACUGCCUCGAUAAGCCCAAAUUCGGAGGCCCCAACACCAAGCGGCAGUGUUGCGUAUAUAGGAAAUGCGAUCGGAUUGAGAAAGCGAGGAUGGACCGCAUCAUCAAACCAUUGAAACUCCGGGCAAGGCGUUUUUCUGCCUCCGUGACAAGCAGUGAAGAUAAAAACUGGAGUUUUGAAGGAGCGGGAGAGGGAGCGGGAGAGGGAUCGUCCUCGAUGGCGCCUGGAGUCAGGAAACAUUCCCUGCGUAACAUCACGCCACGCUCUUACAGCAGCCUGCUGAAGUCUGAAUCUGAGGAAGAAGAGGGAGAAGAAGAAACAUAUAAGGCAGAUAGAUCGUCAGUCAAGCCAACUGUAGCUGCUGCUAUCAAGCAAGAACUCGUUCCUCAAGAUGGCGAAACACUGCCACACCCUCCAACUGAGGCAGUGAAGCCUCGCCGGCUGUUCUCCAGAGGAGCUGGGAGCAAACAAAGAGCUUACAAGGAACAGGAGAACACGGAGGAGACGGAGCCCAGAGAUACUUUACCAGAAACCAGCCCAUCCAGAUGCCCAAUGCCGAAGCUGCAGCAGCUACAAAUACACUUACACCGUCUGCCUGAUUUUAUCCUGCAGUCUUUCCUGUAUUUGCCCAAGCAGCGUACCCAGUGUCCGGAUCAGUGUGCUGCACAGACUCAUCAAAUAUUGUCCCAGCUAAUAACCCAGCUUCCUAAUUCCCAUUCAUCACAUUCCACACCACAGGGUCCUCCAGAACUGUCACAGCCUGUAACGCAUCCCGCUUCUCCACCUUCCCCACAUCCCAUAACAGACCCUACUCAGAAAUAUUUGCUGUUACGUUUGCACCGUUUGCCUCGGGCUGUGGUGCAGUCAUCCUUGGAUUUGCACAAAUAUCUAUCAACCUCUCAACAAGAACAACAUCCCCAGUCCACUAUGCACUCAGCUCUGACAGAGGUUUCGUCAAAGUUGUGUUUUGAUGAUGCUCCAGAGUCUGAGGUGCAGUCCCCAGAUGUUUUGACUGAGACUCACAGAGCUAACAAAGAUAAAACUGUUCAAGUGCUCCCACAGACUGUCGAUCCACACACAGAGUUACACACAGAGGGUACGCAGGAGGACAGCCGAGCGGAUCAGCCUGAAAAGGAGGAGGACGGCUCUGUAAAAGCAACGGUGCUGCAAAACUGUCCAACAACUGACACACACUAUGUCCUUCGUUCCCAGAAUCCUGCAGAGUGUGCGUCAGUGAACACCCUGACUGGGUUAACUAAUGGGUUUCCCCAAAAGGGCCUGUUGCAGAACAAGUACAAGAUUCGUGUAGACUUCAAGGAGGACUGUGCUGUCCAGAACGUGUGGCUAAUGGGCGGCCUGAGCGUCCUUACGUCUGUCCCUACUACACCACAACCUGUCUGUCUGCUCUGCGCCAGUAAAGGACGGCAUGAGAUGAUAUUCUGCCAGAUCUGCUGUGAGCCUUUCCACAGUUUCUGCCUCUCACCAGAGGAGCGCCCCCAGGAAGAGAACAAGGAAAACUGGUGCUGCAGGCGCUGCAAAUUCUGUCACGUGUGUGGCCGUCGAAGCAAAAACACAAAGCCAGUGUUGCAGUGCAGGAGAUGCCAAACCUCCUACCACCCUUCCUGCUUGGGACCAACUUAUCCAAAGCCUAUGAACUGCAACAUGCCUUGGGUGUGUAUGACAUGCAUUCGGUGUAAAAGCUGCGGCGUGACUCCUGGAAAGACCUGGGACCUGGCCUGGAACCACGAGCAGGAUCUUUGUCCUGACUGCACUUCUCUCCACAAAAAAGGUCAUUUCUGCACCGUCUGCCACAAGUGCUACAACGUCAACGAUCAACACACACAGAUGAUUCGGUGUUCGGAGUGCAGCCACUGGAUUCAUUACACAUGUGAAGGACUUUCAGAUGAGCUGUUUGGGUUGCUGUCCAGCCAACCGGAGCAAGGGUUUUUCACCUGUUCGCCCUGCAGCCAGCAGCAAGCAGAAUGCUGCAGCUUGAAGGAGGAGCUACAGAGCAGGCUGGUAGACGGGCUGGAGGAGGUGCUCACUGACCUCCUCUCCGACAACGCCACACAACACCUCCUUAUGUGUAAAAUGUGUUCGGAGACAAACAACACACAAUUUGUCAGGGACCAGCAACCCGUGUGUGAUCUACAAGCCGUGGAGAAGAAGUUUAAAGGGGGCCAUUACACCUCAAUAAAAUCUUUCCAUGCGGAUGUCGUCUCCGUGAUGAGGAAGGGGCUGAAGGAGGAGGAGCUUCUCCCCGAGGAACAGAGACCAACCAUUCAGGCCAGGGCACGCUAUGUCAAAGUUAUUGAGCAGACAUUCAGUUGGUUUCCUGCAAGCCAUCUGAAAAAGUGGAACUCAUUCACCGAAGAAUUACCAAGUGGCAUGAUCCCUGAGGCGGUCCUUCCACCAUCUAAGGAGCACAACUAUGCGCAGUGGCUGGAAAGGACAUACCAUCCCAAAGAGUCCAGGGGCCCACCGGUGGGGAAAACUGAUUCUGUGCUAUCCUCAGUCAAGACACAGCAGUCUGGUGUGUCGCACAGCCGCCCUCUGUAUUCACGUGGUGUAAAGAGUGAUCUGGAAGCUACCAAGGCUGAAGAUAUAAGGCAGUGUGCCCUGUGCCAACAAAAUGGAGACUAUGUUCCCAGGGAUGCCGGCCGGCUGUUGUACUUGGGACAGAAUGAGUGGGCUCACAUUAACUGCUGCCUUUGGUCUGCAGAGGUGUAUGAGGAGAAUUGUGCUCUUUUGCAAGUGCAUAGCGCUGUCUCAAGAGGGCGCCACCUGCGUUGUGAUCGUUGUGGGCAGUCGGGAGCCACGGUGGGCUGCUGUCUCUCCACCUGCCAGAAUAAUUUCCACUUCAUGUGUGCCCGUUCCCAGAACUGUGUGUUUCAGCUGGACAGGAAGAUGUUCUGCUUCAAACACCGGGACCUUGUCAGUGCGAAGAUGGUGUCUGGGAAAGGGUUUGAAGUCUCUCGGCGUGUAUAUGUGGACUUUGAUGGAAUCAAUCUCAGAAGAAAGUUCCUCACAGGCCUAGAGCCAGAAUCCAUAAACAUGACCAUAGGCUCUCUGCAGAUUCAGAAACUAGGUGUGUUAUCAGAGCUGUCGUCAAAUGGGAGGAUGCUGUAUCCCGUGGGCUAUCAAUGUGCUCGGUUGUACUGGAGCACUGUGGACCCCCGCAGACGCUGCAAGUACACAUGUAAGGUGACAGAAGUGAGCACGCCUCUGCCUGGUGAGGAACAAGACCCGCGGUGGGACCAAGAACAGAACCACACCAUAGUCCACAGCCCCAACCACCACAGAGAAAUGGAGUCCCCAGAGCGUCUACGCUCCUCAUCCAGCCCGAUAAAGUCCGCUACUCCAUCACCCAACUCUAAACAGCACAACACGCCUGGCUCCAAAAGUCCUGGUUACACACAGACCAGGAAACCAGCAGGAGGAUCAUCUCGACCUCUUCCAUCUCCAGGGUCCGCUCUUCCCAAACCGCAUCACAUCCUGACAUUGAGGGACCUGGACGACACCCGUCGGCCUCGCAGGCUCUCAACAAGAAGCCGCUGCAGUUCCUCGCCAACCGACAGCGACCCAUCUGUGCCGAUGACCCUCCGCUCUGGUGGCACCGUCCACUCCAGAUGUACCCUGUUUAGCUCCCCUCCAAGGCCAGCAAAUUUGGGAGCAGUCUCUCCUCCUCUGUCACGACAAAACUCAGCAUCACCAGUCUGGAGCUCCCCUCCUCGAUCCAACUCCAGCAUUACUGCAGGGCUGUCCCCUCGGCAAGGAGCCAUCACUCACUCCCCCAAAGGGAGGCAGAACUUUAAAAUCACCACUCCCAUUUCUGCAGAGGUUCCCCAAGACUUCCUAGCAUCAUCUGAGGCUGAAGAUGCUGCAGUAGCCACAUCCAAUGGCAUCUCACUAGCCCCUGAUAACCUGGAAGACGAGGUAGCCCACCUGAUGUCCCAGGAGCUGCCGUACACCGUGUUUGACACUGACACAGAGGUAGCGGUGGCCUCCAUGCUGAAUGCUAAGCUUGAGUUUGAUGAAGCUCUGCUCACUGAGAAUGUGGCACUUCACUGUGUGGCACAAGGCGGGAGAGGAGAGGUGGAAGGCGUGGCGCAAGAUGUGGAAAUGCAAGUAGAUAAUCCGGAGAAUGACUCGAGCCAUUACUUUAAAUUUUCCCGCACAGUGGUGUGCGACGCAGCUAGCAGCUCAGACGCUUCAGGUCAGCUCACUUCAACACAGUCGAUCUCGCAGUUAGAUGGAGCGGACGGCGGGUCAGAGAGUGACGAAAGCGAAGCGGUCGAUGAUGAAGCUCAGGAGGACACAGAAGGAGAAGAUGGAGAAAGUAAGAUCCACACCCACCAUAGUAAUACACCCACUAAGCAGCUGACGGUCGCUCUAAAGAGGCUAGAGUCAAUCUACACGGUGUCAACGUCAACCGCUAAGCCGGAGUUUCAGGAAAAUACUCCACCGGCUGAUGUUUUUGAAGCAAGUUAUGCAAACGACGAGGUGUCAGUUCAGGAGGAAGAAGUCCCGAUGAGCUCUGACACGCCAAUAUCUCAAGAUGAGGUGUUUUUGGAUUCCACCACAGGCCAUUUUGUUUCUUCUGAAGACGGUGCUGUGGUGUGCACGAAUAGCAUUGAAGUUGGCGACAAAGAAGACAGCAACUCCUCGACCGACUCCGUUGAAGGGUUUAAAGAUGAUUUGAAAGACCCUGACUACUCUCCAGAUCAUACUGAGGGUCCAGAGCGUAAAACCAAAAAAUCUCCCACAACGCCGGUGAAAGCCAUCAUUGUCAAGACAAAACGUCCAACAUCAAACCUCAAACGCUUGUCACCAAAACCGUGUCUUCCACAGCAGCGCAAACUCAAACUGCUGUUACACCCUCGACCUACACAGACUGUAAAUAAUGCUUCCACUGCUGCUGCCACUCUCCCACGCACGGUCACCUCCCCCAUCGUGGUCAAUGGUUUAAAUGUACCUAUUCAGGCCGGGGCCUCACGGGGAAGAACCAUCGCCAUUCGCUUGGACAGCUCGACAGGAAGUCAGCAGCAAGUUGCAAUUCAAAAUCAAGCUGCAGCCUCUAGCUCGCCAGCUCCCGCCCCUCAGGUCCUUCUGGUCAACAGACAAGGUCAGAUUCUGAUCAAAGACCCGAGAUCCAACACUUAUCAGUCACUCAGUACAAACUCUCCUGCCUACAAUAAAAUAAGCCAGAUUGCCAAGAUUCUCCACAGUGGUAAUGCCUUGCAGCGCUCAGUCCCUCGUGUCAUAAUAAAGCCUCGCUCCAGCCUCUCUGCCACAAACGUCCCGUCUGCCGGUAACCACACCACAACAACCGAGAGAAAAAUAAUUGUCAGAGUGGUGCCUGUGAAAAGCAUUGGGACUCCAGCUCCCACAACUCCAGUGAUCGUGCAGAGUGUCCCUGAAGCAAGUUUCUCCAACAUUGAAGAAAGCACAGCCCAGGCUAUUAUUGACCGAGCAAUGGCUACCCACCGUGACGAGCCAAAGACAAAACCCAUCAUCCUCGGUAAAACUCGGCAGCCAAAGGUCAAACAUCUUCAGCCAUCCCAAUUUCAGGACGCAGAGGUCUCGGAUCUGUCACCAGCUGCACGUUUGGAGUCCCCCAGUGGUUUCCUUAAAGAACCAAAUUUUAACCUGCAACCAACCCCCGCUUCAUCAUCACGCCCCCAGGUGAAAGUCAAGAGAGUGUCGUCGGUGUCUGAACGGCCCUCCAAGAAGAAAUCUAAGAUGGACUUCUUGAGGGAUCCCUCAAGUGAGCUGGAUGAAGUAACUGAAGCCAGGCUGAGUGGUGUGAGAAUGAAAGCUCCACCAAUGAAGGAUAUCCUUGUUACGGACCAGGAGAAAAUGGCACAUAAGCCUGAGCCGUUGAGGAUUACUGCUCCACCUCCUCCUACACCCUCAAGGCAUCCUCGGGUUGAGAGUCCACCCCCAAGUGCACAAACCAACAGUCCCAUUCAUGGUAAAACACACACGUGGGUCAGAGCUCGCCACGGAGAUCUCACCGAAUGGGGCCCUUAUUCAGGUUUUAGCUCUGAAGAAGAUGCACCUGGACCCAAACACAGAAAGAAGACAUACAUGAACCAGCCCCACCUGCGUUUUGAAAUCACCAGCGAUGAUGGCUUCAGCGUUAAGGCUAACAGCAUAGAGGUCGCCUGGCGUGCGGUGAUUGACGGCGUCCUUGAAGCUCGAGCAGGCUUCCACCUGAAGCAGCUGCCUCUGGGCGGGAUGAGCGGGCCGCGGGUGCUCGGCGUCGUCCACGAUGCCGUCAUCUUCCUGCUGGAACAACUGCAUGGUGCCGCAAACUGCAAACGUCACCGCUUCCGCUUCCACCGCUGCGAUAACAUCGAGGAAGAGCUUCCCCUCAAUCCGAGCGGCUGCGCUCGUACUGAAGUCUACACGCGGAAAGCAACUUUUGAUAUGUUCAACUUCCUGGCAUCACAGCACAGAGAGCUCCCUGUCAUAGUGGGCCCCUUUGAUGAAGAGGAGGAUGAAUUCCCACUCAAAUCUUCCAGGCGAGCCACCAGCAGUGAGCUUCCCAUGGCAAUGAGAUUCAGACACCUGGAAAAAAUCUCCAAAGAAGCAGUAGGAGUUUACAGAUCUGAAAUUCAUGGUCGCGGGCUUUUCUGCAAAAGGAACAUCGAGGCCGGCGAGAUGGUGAUAGAGUACGCUGGCACCGUCAUUCGCUCGGUCCUGACCGAUAAGCGGGAGAAAUAUUAUGACGGCAAGGGCAUCGGCUGUUACAUGUUCCGCAUCGACGACUUCGACGUGGUUGACGCGACGAUGCAAGGCAACGCGGCUCGUUUCAUCAACCACUCGUGCGAGCCAAACUGCUACUCUCGCGUCAUCAAUGUGGACGGCCGCAAGCACAUUGUCAUCUUCGCACUGAGGAAGAUCUACCGGGGCGAAGAGCUGACCUACGACUACAAGUUCCCCAUCGAGGACGAGAACAGCAAGCUGCACUGCAACUGCUCGACGAGACGCUGCCGUCGCUUCCUGAACUAGUACAACACACACGCACACACCGAGCACAAACAUCCAUCUUGUUGAAUGCACUUGAAUUGAGGAGGCGGACUUUGAUGAACUGAUGAAGGCGACUGUUGUGAUGUAGCCGUAAGAGUGAAUACUCCGAUACACAACCUGUAUCUGCUGAAAGCCUUCGCUUUGUUAGAAGCCUAAUUUAUAGACUGAUGGGGGACAUUUCUGUCUUCUGAACUGCUGUGAACAGUCACAAAAACCAGAGUAGAGCCAUAUGUCAAAGCUUGGGAUGAAUACUAUUUAUGUGAUUUCAGACUGCUGGAUCGUUGGUCUGCUAGGAAGUGCAGUUAAAUUAAGGAAAAUGUAUUUUUGGGGGAUUUUUGUACUGUUUUAGCAUCUCAAACACAUUCUUUCUGUUGUACAUUGUUGAAUUUGUCAGUAGCCUCCGCUGGAACUGGAGCUAGAGCUAGACAACAGCCGGGAGGCAAUUAUUACCAACUACAAACAGUGCACGCUAAGAUUACCUGAUUGCAGCUAUUACUGUGUAUUAUUAUGCUGGUGUUUUUGUAAAUACAAGGUCACAGAAGGAUGAGGAGAAUUUAUUCAGCACCUUACUUUGACACGACCUUCUCCGGCAGCACUGGUGUCGCAGUAGGCGGGACAAAUUUUACUUCAAAGCAGAAUAAACACAUUUGACUCGAGGAAACUCGUGCACAUCGUAGUGCAGCUGUAUUUUAACUUCAGUCUGGAUACCAGAAGGUGCUGGUGACAUUUAACCCAAAAGGUAGUUUUAACAUAGUCACCCAAAUCUCCCCCCCCCCAGUUGAAAUGUCCUGUUUUUAUUUGUGACUGCAGAGAUGCUGUGAUCUACAUGCUUUUAUCCCGCCAUUACUGUCUGUUCUUUAUUUGUUAAAUUGUACUGUUUGUGUAUUUUAAGGUCUAUAAGGGAGAGUUUUCUUGGUGCAUCCAGGGUUCAAACUGACUAUAGUGAUCUUGCUCUGCACAGUCCCUUAUACAUCUUUUUGUAUUUUUGUAUAUUUGAACAAUAAAUGUAUAUUCAACAAGCUGAUGGAAAUAAAUGUGUUUGAGCUUUUAACUUUCUGUUUGUAAGUGAAGAACAAUGCUAUUGUUUAGUUAAUCUAAGUUAAUCUUUUCUCUUUAUGUUGUGGCUGUUUUGCAUCCUCUUGUCUCUCACAGGUGUUAGGGUUACUACCUCAAAGGUGUUCUGAAGCAAGAUUUAAUUUAAUUAACUCACUUAAUGAACUACAGUUUCCUCAUUGUUCAAUAUGUCUAAUUAUUACUUCUUGAUCGUAUGAAAACAAAAAACAUCCAUACUAUUAAACACUGACUUGCUAAUAUGCCUGUGAUUUAUUUCUGAAGGAAUAGGUGGCCACCAUUUUUGUGCUAAUUUCCCCGUGUGUGCAUCCGCAGCCAGCUGAUGCCUGUAGAUAAAUGGGAUACUAGAGUUUAGGUUGAAGGCUGAAUGCUGUAGAAGUUUGUUUUGGGUUUUUAGGAUUAAUAAUUAACACUCAAAGCUUUGUUACUUUAUCAGCCCACUAUGGAUCCUUGCCUGUACAUAGUUGUAUAAAGAGUUUCUAAACCUGUUAAAUAUUUUUUUACCUCCAAAUUUCUUUCUUUCUUUUUUAUUCAUGUAAAAUAAAAAAUUUACAUGUUCAAAAUUUGCCUUCUAUUUGCCAAUGUCUUUAAAUAAUUAAAAUUAAAAUAUUACCUGUGAUUCUUAA